AUGGCUGCGCUUCAUCGCUACAACGAUUUUGUGCGACAACUUCGAUCUUGUGACGAGCUUAUGCCUCAAGUUUUUCUUCGACGCUAUCGCCCGUUCCCAUCUGACGAAGAGAUGCUCAGCGGCGAGGCUACGAUUCGUGUCUCGUCUUGUCUGAAAACCGCUGCCUUGAUUCUUCCAACUGUCAUGCUCUUAUGGAUAUUGGAAACAGUAACCUCCACCUGUGCUGCUACUGCUGCACUUUACCAUCAUUUGGAAGUCGACAAAGGAUGGUUGGUUGGUGUCGCGGAGGACAUUCGUAUUGGAAUUCACUCCAUGAGUUUGCAACUAUGUCAAGGCCUGGCCCAGGACUUCUUGCUCGGAUCCGUCAGUGUUCUAGGGAUUGCUUUGGCUCCGGUGGUCGGUUGGGUGCUGUUUCUGCGAUCUGUAUGA